AAGAAGUGAACGCAACGUAUGAGCCUGCUUAAUAUUUAUUGGUUUCCGCAUGACUGGGAGCGUCUUUAUUCGUGUUUUUCUCGUCUUGUGGGUGGAGCCACAGUCUCAAGGAACUUUGAAUAGUGGCUUAUCAAUAUUCAUAAGGCGUCGUGACAAUAAGAAGUGAACGCAACGUAUGAGCCUGCUUAAUAUUUAUUGGUUUCCGCAUGACUGGGAGCGUCUUUAUUCGUGUUUUUCUCGUCUUGUGGGUGGAGCCACAGUCUCAAGGAACUUUGAAUAGUGGCUUAUCAAUAUUCAUAAGGCGUCGUGACAAUAAGAAGGGAACGCAACGUAUGAGCCUGCUUAAUAUUUAUAAGUGGACUUUCGCUGUUGGAGGACAUUAAAACAUUACGGACUUAAAUUGGUCAUAGUAGGUAUUCUGACUCCCUUCUAAAGAGCUUCCUUUGGGUUCGUACUACGAGUAACGUUAGUUCAACACCCUUCCUGAUCAGCAAAUCUACGAGUUUUUUAUUUCGCUUUCAGAAGGAAAACAUCUGACAGCACAACUUGACCAUGUCGGACUCUGUGGACGCCAGACAAGUGAAUGCCAAAGAGGAUCCGUGUCUCAAAGACGCCAGAGGUAAUAAGACGGAUGCCGGAGGCGAUCAGACGGAUGCCAAACCACGUUCAGAUGAUUUUCAAUACAACAUGAACUACCCCAGUAUGGGACAAUGUGUCAUCAUCAACAACAAGAAUUUCCAUAAAAAAACAGGAAUGGGGGUUCGUAAUGGGACAGACCAGGAUGCAAAGAAUGCGAUGGAGACCUUCACAAAUCUAGGCUUCAAAAUUAAAAUUACCAAUGACCAGACAGUCUCACAGAUGAGAGAUCUGUUAACUAAAGUGUCUCGGGAAGAUCACAGUAAGUCGGCCAUGUUUGUGUGUGUGCUGCUGAGUCAUGGAGAUGAUGGAAACAUAUAUGGUACAGACGGCUGCAUUGAGCUGAAGCAACUGUUUACGCUCUUCAGAGGAGACCGCUGCAGAUCACUGGUGGGGAAACCCAAGCUUUUCUUCAUUCAGGCUUGCAGAGGCUCAGAUCUAGAUGGUGGCAUUGAGGCCGACAGUGUAAGUGAAGAGAACACACAGAAGAUUCCUGUUGAGGCAGAUUUUUUGUAUGCCUACUCCACUCCACCAGGUUAUUACUCCUGGAGGAAUGUUGGUAAUGGUUCCUGGUUCAUCUUCUCGCUGUGUGAGAUGCUGUCAAAAUAUGGCAAGCAACUGGAGAUCAUGCAGAUCAUGACACGUGUUAACCACAAGGUGGCGCUGGAAUUUAAAUCCUCCUCCAAUCUGCCAGGGUUUGAUGGCAUGAAACAGAUCCCAUGCAUUGUGUCUAUGCUGACCAAAGAACUCUAUUUCUCUAAAUAAUUUAUGUGUAUUGUACUGAUUACAUUGCAGUGGGUAUGAACACAUUUAAAUCAUUUUGAAUAAUAUUAUGCAGCCUUUUAAAGCGCUGCAGACAAAGGGGGGAAAAGGGAUAAAAAGGGAAUUUAUUUAAUCAUGAAUAUUUUAAUUGAUCUGUAUCUUUUUUCAUGAAAGUCUGGGAGUCUGAAAGUUCACAAUUCUCAGGUUUAUCAUCAGCAGGCAUUAAAGAUUAUCUGACAAGAGGAAGUUCUGAACAUAAACACGAUUUGUAUUAUGAUAAAUAAACAUUUUGCUUGGCUAUUUA